UUUUAUAGGGACGAGAGCGUGGUAUUAUAAAAUAAUAGUGGCUGUGUAAAGUGAGAGUGCAAGAACACCGGAAUGGCCGACGAAGCACCCUCUUCCAUCUCUGGGGAAAGCAUACCGGAAGUCUCUUUAGAAACACCCUUGGUGGUUCGUCAACCGACACCUGAGCCAGAGCAAGAAUCUCCAUUAAUCACCCAUGAAAUGACAGAAACCCAACCACCGGGUCCUUCGUCCAUGGAGAUGAGUAUACCAGGUGCUUCAAUGGAAAUGACUACAACUCCCAUGGACAUACCUGUAUCGCAAACGCCUUUGCCUGGAGCUCCAAUGGCUGUCCCGGUUGAGAUGACUACUGAGAACGCGGAAAUGUUACAGACCAAGAUGGAGAUGGGGGAGGCGAAAGUGGAAGAUCCCCCAAAGAAGAUCACAAUAUGUAUCAAGACACCUGCGGAGAAAGAAAGCUUCGAUGUAGACGAGAACGUAAAUGUGAAGAUAUUGAAGGAGCAGAUUGCUUCGAAGUUCAGCGCCGAACCAGAUCAGCUUUGUUUAAUCUUCGCCGGAAAGAUCAUGGAUGACGUGGAUAAUAUUCAAGAUGUAUGUGGUAGUAUGGGAAAACUUAGGGUAGGAUGAUGAACGAAAGUUGUACUGUUUCAUAUGCAUAAAUUAUAAGACGUAAGCUAGAAAGGCUACUGCGUUUACCGGCAUAACAUUAAAGAUGGUAUGACUGUUCACUUGAUGAUUCGUGCGGCGCCACGCGCUUCUGAAGCGGGUCCUCAAAGGCCUCCUGCUGAUAUUUCGGCCACCCCAUUCCAUCUGGGCUCUCUAGGAGGACUUUCUGGACUCCAAUCGCUUGGUAUGGGAACCACCAAUUUCCUGGAGAUCCAGAACCAAAUGCAGAAUGAGCUGCUCACAAAUCCGAACACGCUUCGAAAUCUGUUAGAAAACCCAUUGGUGAUGCAGCUCAUGAAUAAUCCAGACGUGAUGAAAAAGCUUGUAAUGAAAAAUCCACAGAUGCAGGAAUUGUUGCAGAGGUAUCCGGAGAUCGGCGAGGUGCUCAACAACCCCGAGCUUCUGAAAAACACAUCCGAGUUGGCAAAAAAUCCGUCUAUGCUUCAAGAGUUGAUGCGUAGUCAUGAAAGGCUACUUGGAAUUGAUCCUGCUUCACCAACAUCUGUGACUAAUCCUUUACCGAACCUCUUCCAGAACAUACAGGAACCGGGACUUACUUCACUUAGGUCACAGUUCCAGUCGAGCACUAACACAAUGCCAGGAACUGGUGUGAUGUAUCCCCCACCGCUAGCCAGUUUAUUGCAGCAGAUGUCUGAGAACACAACAUUGGUACAGAACAUGUUGCAGGCACCAUAUACUCAAGCCGUCAUGGAAGCCAUGGCUGCCGAUCCGAAUAUUGCUCACGCACUGUUGACUCAGAACCCCCUCAUAACAAAUAAUACAGUGCUGCAGGAUCAGAUGCGAGCAAUGAUGCCACAGAUGAUACAACAAAUGCAAAAUCCUGAGAUACAGAACCUCAUGACAAAUACACAGGCAUUGGAUGCAAUUAUGCAGAUCCAACAAGGCAUGGAACAAUUACGUCAAACAGCACCAAGUAUGGUACACACGAUGGCACCACCGCCUCCAAUCCCACCGACCGGCCCCCCAAAUGAACGGGACACUGUUACGGGAGGAUCCAAAGACGCUUUUUCCGAGUUUAUGGCAAGAAUGAUCGCUAGUAUGGCGGCUAAACAUGACAACUCCAUGCCUCCAGAACAAAAGUACCAAGCGCAGCUAGAAUACUUGUCAACAAUGGGAUUUAAGGAUAGAGAAGUAAAUUUAAAGACUCUAAUUUCUACUUUCGGAGAUGUAAACUCUGCAGCCGAAAAGUUGUUACGACAAGGAUUCUUGACUCCAUUAACUCCAGCGUCCAGUAAUUUUGAAAGUGCUCCAAAUAGCAUGGACAGUGCUGCAGCAAGUGUUCAUUUGAGUCCAACAGGUAGUAAUCAGGUGAGUCCGGCUGCCAAUGAGCCUGUGACUGGAGUUGAACAAGAACAACAACAAGAUGCUUGA